GAUACCUUCAGUAUUUGUUCAGCAUCAUGUGGAAGGCAGCGCUCUUGACCCUGGGCUUGUUGGUGGCUCUGGUAGACAGGGUGCGCCCCAAUGACGGUCAUCCCUCUUUUUAUGGGGUGAAACUGUGUGGAAGAGAGUUCAUACGAGCUGUCAUCUUUACCUGUGGUGGUUCUCGCUGGAGGAGAAGCGCAGAAGACUCGGCAUUUAUUGGAGAGAAGACCUAUGAUCCAUGGAAGGCAAAUCCCAUCCCUCAACUUAUGAGCGAGCAAGAUCCUGCAGAAUCCGAACCAUGGAAAAAUCCAGCCUCUGUAGCAGCAGGACUCAGCCGCUCAGCUCGCUCACCGAUAACAGAAGAGGUCCUGGAGGCUCUACGGAGCGCAGACAGGAAAGGACGGGACGUAGUGGUUGGACUGUCCAAUGCUUGCUGCAAGUGGGGCUGCAGCAAGAGUGAAAUCAGCUCUCUCUGCUGAACUUAAAUUUUUCUAAAUAUACACCCUGUUCUGUUCAAAAUGAAGAACUUUACUCCCAUACGCAAUUUCUUAAAUGUCCACUUUCGUUCAACUACCUGUCCAUAAUGUGAAUGUCUUCUUGAUAU